AUGUUACGCCCGAGAGACGAGCCCCGAUAUGAUACGCCCGAGAGACGAGCCCCGAUAUGUUACACCCGAGAGACGAGCCCCGAUAUGUUACGCCCGAGAGACGAGCCAAAUAUGUUACGCCCAAGAGACGAGCCCCGAUAUGUUACACCUGAGAUGGUGGCAGUACUGACGGACCAGGUGACACGGCGGGGACAGCCGACAGUACAGAGGACCAGUGCACAGGCCACCCAGUACCUCCCCGACCGCCCGCACCCCCCCCAGGCCCACGCGCGACACCCGAGACAGCGCCCCAACAGACAGGACCCGUGGCCCCCCGAGCCGAUGGACAGAGGACGGAGAGGCCACGGGACAGGACAGAGGACCGGCCCGGCCCCCCGGCCCGAGGCCCCCGGGCCCGGCCCGGCCCGAAGGCCGGGCCCGGCCCGAGGAACAGGCCCUGACCGGCCCCCCCCGGCCGGUCAGGCCCCGAGGCCCGGAGAGACACGCCCGGCCCCGGCCGGAGGAGGAAAGGCCAGACAGAGGCUGCAGGAGGACAGUCCCCUGGGCCCCCCCAUGCUGCAGGAGGACAGUCCCCUGGGGGUCCCCACGCUGCAGGAGGACAGUCCCCUGGGGCCCCCCAUGCUGCAGGAGGACAGUCCCCUGGGCCCCCCCAUGCUGCAGGAGGACAGUCCCCUGGGGCCCCCCAUGCUGCAGGAGGACAGUCCCCUGGGCCCCCCCAUGCUGCAGGAGGACGGUCCCCUGGGGGGCCCCUACACUGCAGGAGGACAGUCCCCUGGGGGGUCCCUACGCUGCAGGAGGACAGUCCCCUGGGGGGUCCCCACGCUGCAGGAGGACAAAAGGCAUGUUCUGCUCCGACACUGGACCAGGAGGCGGGACCAGGAGGCGGGACCAGGAGGCGGGACCAGGAGGCGGGACCAGGAGGCGGGACCAGGAGGCGGGACCAGGAGGCGGGACUACAUAGCUCUAUUCAAUCAGUCUUAG